UAAAAAUUAAAAUCCCCAUGUAUUUUUGCUAAUUUGAAACGAGAUUUUCAAACCAAAUUUUGAACAAAAACCGUUAUAUUGAAUCCCCAAAAAUGUGGAUUGCUUGCUUUGAUUAUAUUGUUAUAUGAUCAUCAUUCCUAUUGGUAUUCCAUGCCUAAGAUAAUAGGAUUAUACACCAAAAUAUGAUACCAAUUAAUGCAAAAUUUUUAAGUAGCAAGGUUGCGGGUAAAUCUAUGAUCGAAGAUGAUGACGCUCUUAUGACCCCACCACAACAAACUAAGGGCCAAACAAGCAUGGGUGAAAAACACAAAUCAAAUGACACAUUAAUUACGCAAAGUGAAGAAUUUGAAUCUUUAUCAUCACAACUAAAUGCCAAUAAUCAUGGUCCAGUGGAUGACCUCACUUCUACCUUCCUUAAUGCUAAAACGUACAAAGAAUCUAAAACGCCUUCUCCUACUCUACGAAAAUAUAGUAAAAGAGGUAAUGGCGGUAUAUGGACCCAAAGUGAAGAAGUGAAAUUGAUUAAAUUAGUAGAUAAAUAUGGUAAAGCUUGGGACAAUCUACACACCUACUUCCCACAUAGAACUAAUAUCAAUAUUAAAGAUAAAUAUAGGCAACUCAUAAAAGCGAGAAAAGUUUUAAAAUGAGGGAUGGAUGCAUUAUUGGAUUUAUGUAAUUAUGCAUCUUUGUGCCAAUUGUUUAUGUAAAAUUUAUUUUAUACAUUUGCUUUUUACAGUUUAUAAAAAAUAUCAAAUAUAAACAUGUAAUUCUAUA